AUGUCACGUAUACAUUCAAUCUCAGAUUUGAAAUUCAUCAAACCACCAACGCUAUACUCCUGGCUAACUAAAAAUGCUUCACCUCAUGGCUCUUUAGCAAUAAUUGACGUUCGAGAAUCUGAUUAUGUUGGUGGGCACAUCAAGGGCAGUUGGCACUAUCCAGCUGGUGAUUUCUAUACAUCAUUACCAGAAAUUUAUAACAAGAUAUACGCCAAUAAGAUACAUGAUGUUGUUUUUCAUUGUAUGUUGUCACAAGCUCGAGGUCCUUCAUCGACAUUGAAAUUCUUACGAUCAAUUGAUGAUAUUGUCGAUUCAAAAGUAAAACUGUAUUUGGAAAAUGAAGUUCAUGUAUAUGUGUUGAAAGGUGGGUUUAGUCGAUGGCAAGGUGAAUAUGGUAAGGAUUCAAAUGUAACUGAGGAUUAUAAUAUCGAAUUAUGGGAGAUGGGAUUAUAG